UACAACUUUUUAAACUCAAAAACAUAUUUUAAACAAUAUCAUUUUUGUUCAUUGCUGAAAAAAUGUUACCUUUUAAUUUUAUUAUAAUUUUUCAACUUAUAUUUUCUUCCAUUUUUUAUAUAGAAACGGAAUCAAAUUCAAGUAAAAUAAUAGAUACUGUAAAUAAUAUUUUAAGUUAUCCUGGAUGGCGUUAUAUUAAAGACAUCACGUCGGUAACAUAUCUAAAUGAAAAUUUUGAUCGAAGUCUAAUAUUUCCCCCUAAUAUUUACUGUUCGGUUAAUACUAGAAUACGAAUAUCGACUAUCUUACUUGGUUGCACGUAUGCAAAUGAUUUAAAAUCAAUUUUUUAUCUAUUAAGUCAACUACGUCGGCAUUGUGAAGAUUAUAAUAGUCUAGGAAUCUAUAAUCAGUAUGCAGUAAAUUGUGCCUUAGAAUUAUGGAGUCUAAUACCACAUGUAUUUUUCCUAGUAAAAUUAAUGCAAAGUGCAAUGAUUGCUUUGGAUAAAUUGCAUACUUAUCCUGUGUUAUGCAGUGCACAGGACAAUAUUAUUUUAAAGACCUUAUUUGAAAGAUUCAAUUAUGCUCAUAAUAAUAUGUCCAGCAUUAACACAUUUCAUCUUAUUGGUGUGUUUUUUAAUCAAGUAGAAAUAAAUCUUGACAAUGAUAUAAGAAAAUUUUGUACGUUAUCAAAAAAAAUAACUUUAUUAUCGACAAAUUUGGACCAAGAAUAUAAAAAAGAAAAAUCUAAAGAUAUUAAUUUACAGUUUUAUAGUUAUAUAAGUAAAAAUAUAAAUGAUAAAAUCCAUUCAAUAAUUUCAGAAAAGUACUAUCAACUAGGAUUCAGCGACAUUGAUGCACGAAAUGAACCGGAAACUAAGAGACCUAUUGAAAUUGAUUUCUUUAAAAAAGAACUCAAAAAAAAAAGAGAAAUGGAGAAUAGUUCUGAAAGCGUAAAUAAACCAAUAUCCACUCAUUUUUCCAAACAAGAUAGGAGAAGUCGUUCCAAAAGUGUAGAUAAACCAGGACCUUCUAAUUUUUUUAACCAAGAGAACGAGAAUAAUCCUGAACUUGAGGAUAAAUCAGGAUUCAUCGAUUUUUUCCAACAAGAGUUAAAAAAUGAUUCCAAAAACAAAGAAAUCAGUGAAGCCGAGCCUGAGGAAGAAGAAAAAAAGAAUAUACCAUUUCAUAUUUUCUUAUAAGUAAAUUUUCAUGUUAUAAAAAAAAAACAAAUUUUAUAUAUUCAAACUAUAAAAUUGUAAAAAUUCAGUACAAAUUAAAUAAAACAUAAUUCGUGUUUCA